CGCUAGAUGGCAAAGCAGGCUGGAAGUGUAAUGUCGGAAGCGGCGGUAGGAGCGAGCGACUUUCUCGCCUCACCAUCAACGAACCGAAAAAAAGAAAACAAAUAAAAAUACGGCGAAAAAAGUGUAAAUCGUGAAAUAUGUAUCCGAUGCCAGGAUUCGCUCCAAUGGGACCGCGUGACGUGGCAGGCUCCGCCUCACGCGAUAGUGGCUUUGUGUAGUGCCACGGCAACGUCGUUAGACCAUAGUUUUGUGUGGAUAACGCUCCUUCCCACUCAGGACCUUAUGUCUCCCAACUCGGGCCGGUUUGAGAUUACGGAACGUCCAACCCUCGUUCCAGUUAGUAGCAUAGAAGUUCGUGCCGAGAUUAUAAAAUAAUGCAGCGCUGUAACCAAGCAGAGUUGAAGGGGCGGAAGCGCUGACGAACAGUAUGACCCAAUCUCUCCUCCAGGGCAAACGUUUCUACUGUCGAGAAUGGGCUUUCGUCAAGAUAGUCCAUUGUUUAGAGAACAGGCCCUCUUCCAAAACCUGUGGAGCCUUGAUUAUGGGUGGACCAGGUUGUGGCAAGAGUGCUCUAUGCUGCGAGAUCGUCUCACCGACAGUGCAUCAUGGGAAACAGAUAGCGCUAAGCAAAAGGCUACUCGCUUAUCAUUUCUGUCAAGCUCACGACAUUGACACACUAUCUCUGUCCAACUUCAUCCGAAAUCUAGUGGAUCAGGUAUCGAAAUCGGAACUUGUUUCUAAAUAUAUCGAAAGAAUAAAAGAUGAAGAAGUGCAAUCCGCUUUAGAACUCGAAGAAUGCGAGAAAAAUCCCGAUGAGGCGUUUAGAAAAUGUCUGUUGUUUCCUUUAUUAGAGAUAGAUCCUCCGAGUCAGACGUGCUUCAUCUUAGUGGAUUCCAUCGACGAAUCUUAUAUUCAAGUCGCUGGAGACAAAUCCACUACAAGUAGAACCAUUGCUGAACUGUUGGCAAACCAUCAUCACCUGUUCCCCCAAUGGCUUUUGUUAAUCUGUUCUGCCAGGAAACAGAGCAAGUCGGUCACUCGGAUGUUUACCGGAUUUCGGAAAAUCAGUUUAGAUGAUCUUCGAAAGUCUCACGUUGUCCGUGACGUCCAGCAAUAUAUUCUUAGUAGGUUGGACCAAGAAGAGGCGUUGAGGCAGCAUCUUAGUAAGGAAACUGCCGAGAUGCUCAAUCAACUACACAUCAAGAGCAAUGGUUGUUUCUUAUAUCUAGAAAAGGUUUUAGAUGGAGUUGCGGAAAAUUUUAUCAUGUUGAGAGAGAUUCGUGAAAUUCCGGGUACGUUAAAUGGAUUAUAUUUAUGGUUAUGCCAACGGUUGUUUGUUCGGAAACAGUUUUCCAAGGUUCAACCUCUUCUUAACGUUAUCUUAGCGGCUCGGAAACCUCUUACUGUAGAGCAGUUGUAUCAAUCGGUAUGGACAAAAUCCACCAAUUUGACGUGGGAAGAGUUUCAAAAACGUCUGUCGCUCCUUUCGAAAGUUCUCAUCGAUGGUCGAAACGGGACCAAAAUUCUUUUUCAUCACAGUUUCGCCGAAUGGUUACUCGACGUCAAACACUGCACCCUGAAGUACUUGUGUCAUGCCGGCGAUGGGCACGGUAUGUUAGCUAUGUGGUACACUUUAAAAGCAUCCACAUUGGAUUCGGAUCAAGUUCACGAUUUCGUUUUACAUCUGAGUAAAGUCCCAUUGGGAUCGAAUCUGCAACCUUUUCAUCUUCCUCUAUGGUUGGUGAUUUCGGGGGCGAGUACGGAUAACAUAUUCUUGGGUAGCAAAACGCUUAGAGAACAACGCAUUGUUAAACUGCUCGCCGAUGCUGGGGCACAAGUCCCUCUGGUAGCGGAACAAGAAAUAGAAGAUACCAGUAGAGUUACCGAAGAUCCACUGGAGGCUCUUUUAGAAUCUGGAGGAGCUGUUAACCAAACUGAUGCCAACCAAAGGACAUUGUUACACAUGGCUACUUACGAUGGCGAUGAGCAGUUGACGGAACGGCUACUCGCUCGAGGAGCGCAUCUGGAGGCUGUAGAUAAAAACGGGCAAACGGCUCUAAAUUUAGCGGCAAGACAAGGACACGCAAAAUUAGUCGAAAUCCUACUACAGAACGGAUCCAAUCCAGAUCACGCAGAUAACGACGGAUGGACACCAUUAAGGGCAUCCGCUUGGGCAGGACAUACAGAAGUGGUGAUCAAGUUAUUAGAACACGGUGCUCAAGUUGAUCUUGCUGAUGCCGAUCAAAGGACCGCACUAAGAGCAGCCGCCUGGGGAGGUCACGAAGAAGUGGUCAUUAAGUUAUUGGAACACGGGGCUUGCGUCAAUAAAACGGACAACGAAGGUAGAACAGCACUGAUAGCGGCGGCAUACAUGGGGCAUACGGAGAUCGUGGAACAUCUGUUAGUUCACGGAGCCGAAGUGAAUCACGCAGAUUCCGACGGUCGCACCGCCUUGUCCGUUGCAUCCCUGUGCGUUCCCGCUUCCGAAGGUCACGCGGGUGUUGUUAGCUUACUGUUAGAACGAGGGGCUGAAGUGGAUCAUCGAGAUAAGGACGGGAUGACUCCUCUGUUGGUAGCUGCCUUCGAAGGGCACAGCGACGUCUGUGAGCUAUUAUUAGAAGGCGACGCGGAUGUAGAUCACACGGAUAACAGUAGAAGAACCCCUCUCUUCGCUGCCGCCUCUAUGGGUCAUCCGGAAGUGGUAAAUCUUCUCCUGUUCUGGGGUGCUGCAGUGGAUACCAUAGAUGCCGAAGGAAGAACGGUGCUUUCGAUAGCAGCGGCUCAUGGUGAUACGGAAGUGGUUCGCCAAUUGUUAGAUAGGGGUCUAGACGAGAUGCACAGAGAUAACGAAGGUUGGACUCCUUUGCAUUACGCAGCCUUCGAAGGCCACGCCGACGUGGUGAUCAAGUUAUUAGAACACGGUGCUCAAGUUGAUCUUGCUGAUGCCGAUCAAAGGACCGCACUAAGAGCAGCCGCCUGGGGAGGUCACGAAGAAGUGGUCAUUAAGUUAUUGGAACACGGGGCUUGCGUCAAUAAAACGGACAACGAAGGUAGAACAGCACUGAUAGCGGCGGCAUACAUGGGGCAUACGGAGAUCGUGGAACAUCUGUUAGUUCACGGAGCCGAAGUGAAUCACGCAGAUUCCGACGGUCGCACCGCCUUGUCCGUUGCAUCCCUGUGCGUUCCCGCUUCCGAAGGUCACGCGGGUGUUGUUAGCUUACUGUUAGAACGAGGGGCUGAAGUGGAUCAUCGAGAUAAGGACGGGAUGACUCCUCUGUUGGUAGCUGCCUUCGAAGGGCACAGCGACGUCUGUGAGCUAUUAUUAGAAGGCGACGCGGAUGUAGAUCACACGGAUAACAGUAGAAGAACCCCUCUCUUCGCUGCCGCCUCUAUGGGUCAUCCGGAAGUGGUAAAUCUUCUCCUGUUCUGGGGUGCUGCAGUGGAUACCAUAGAUGCCGAAGGAAGAACGGUGCUUUCGAUAGCAGCGGCUCAUGGUGAUACGGAAGUGGUUCGCCAAUUGUUAGAUAGGGGUCUAGACGAGAUGCACAGAGAUAACGAAGGUUGGACUCCUUUGCAUUACGCAGCCUUCGAAGGCCACGCCGACGUUUGCGAGUUGCUGAUCGAAGCUGGAGCUAGAGUGGCAGAAGUGGAUAAUGACGGAAGAAUCGCUCUGAUACUAGCCGCACAGGAAGGACACACGUCUCUAGUUGCUAAACUGUUAGACGUCAAUAGAACGAUGAUCGAUCAUCGAUCCCACGAUGGAAAGACGGCUCUGAGGGUGGCAGCUUUAGAAGGACAUAAGGACACGGUUCACUUACUAAUGACACGUGGAGCUGAUAUCAAUUAUAAGGAUGCGGAUGGAAGAUCCACGCUGUACAUCUUGGCAUUAGAGAAUAGGUUGGAAAUGACUGAUUUUCUUCUUACUGCUGGAGCAAACGUCGAAGCUAGAGACUGGGAAGGAAGGACCCCUCUUCACGUAUCUGCGUGGCAGGGACAUUACGAAAUGGUAGAUUUGUUACUGUCUCAUGGGGCCAAUGUGAAUGCUGUCGAUAACGAUCAAAGGACUGCUCUGCAAUCGGCUGCGUGGCAAGGACACGCUCGAAUUGUACGCCUUCUGUUGGAAAGACAGGGAAAUGUCGACCACACGUGCAAUCAGGGCGCUACGGCACUGUGCAUAGCGGCUCAGGAAGGACACGAAGAAGUAGUUAGGGUCCUUCUAGAGUAUGGAGCCGAUCCGGGACAUGCUGAUCAUUUCGGAAGAAAUCCUCUAAGGGUUGCGUUGAAGGGUGGUCAUAAUCAAGUUAUCAAACUGUUAGAAGAAUACACGAUGCAGAUGAAAUCUCCAGCAGGGCAGAGACCUUGUCCUGCCAGUGCUAGCGCUACGUCUCUUACGUCAGCAGCAUCGACAGCAGAGACUAAACCGUGUAGUGCUAUUUUAUACCAACCGAGUUUUGCUCGUUCGCCACCGAGUUCUCCCGAAUCUGCUGGCAAAAGAAGAUCUUUUGUUUCUAAUCAAUCCUCGUCUAAAUCCUCUAGCAACUUGACAACAUCCACCAAAUCGUCGCAUCAAGGAACCGAAUUAAGAACUGCUGGAACUCCCGUCACCUUUACUCAACAGUUACAACAGUGUACCAGAACCAGAAAUCGUGUGAGCAGAAUCUUAUCACCUCUUAGCGAACCAGUCAGCCCCGUUCCCAGCCCCCCGCAAUCUCCAGUUUCCGAAAUUCAGCGUUUGUCUCCAGUACUUCUGACUAGUCCUCAGGGCCCACCAUAUUCGACACACGUUCCUAUCGUGAUAGGUAAGAUUCCGACGUCGCAGGUACCCAACCGGAGCCACGUGACAAACAGUAGGCCUCAUCCAGAUUCCAACACCCCCAGGCCACCCGCGGAACCAAGAUUUAGAAGAAAUGGCAUCGUCACGAAUCCUAAUUACAAAGGUGGUCAACACGUUAGCAUUCAGUCUAAACACAGAAGCAACGGCUCGGCUCAGCAGGUGAGGAAUUCUAAUCUGACACCGGCUUACGAAGACUGUCUGUCGACCAAUUCGCUACCUUUAAAGAAAGAGACACCUUUGUAACGAUAGCUGUUGACAAUCCUGCCAACCCUUAAUAGGGGGAACGUUUGCGUCAGAAAAAUCUAUUAUGUGCGUUGCUGGCAAUCAAAUCGUUGACCGGGACGAAACAGCAAAAACAAAUACACACACACACAAAAAAAAACAAAUAAAAUAAAAGAAAAUAUGUGAUGUACAAAGUGCAAUGUUUUGUAUCAUCUGUAAUCGAUCGUAAAUUUUAUUCGCAGUAGAUAGAAUUCAACGUUGUGAUUAUGCCAAAAGAGUGAUUCCAAAUGUCUCUGCUCUAGUACUGUUUUCUAGAGAUGGUCAGUUCCGGUAGGAUGAUAACUUCCUCCUCCUCUUUCCUCUGUAGAUUUAUAAUCAAAUUCGCUGAAAGAUUGCCUUACUGUAGAGUGAUGUUUACACGUUUCACGUUCUUCAAACACCGAAAAAAAAAGCAAAAAAAAAAUAAACAAAUUAUAUGUUACAUUUAACGUAUUAUUUUAUUUUUAUUAUAUUUAUUUGCUGCAUAAUGCAGAGUUGAAAGAAAUCCGCCAUUUUUGAGACGGAACAAACGUGUUAAUUACGCUUCUCGCAUAGUCCGCCAUUUUGAAGCCAAGUUUCGUUACGUUCUGAAAUAAGUUUCAAGAAUGGAGAAAAAAAUAUAUAAUUAUUUAUAACUUAUUCUAAUAAUUUUUAUACAAAUUAUAUAUAAUUUUUUUUUUUUUAAAUUGAAAAAUGUUUGAAAUUUCUACGCUUAUGUAAAAUGGCAAAAUACAGAGACUCGAUGCAACAAUGGAUAUGGAAUUGAAAUCUGUAUCCUGCAUUGUAUAUGGAGUAAAUUGCAUUGUAUUGCAUUGUAGUUAGAGCUACGUUGUAACUAUGUAAAGGUUCAGAUAAGGGAGCUUUCAUCAAAAAGAUAAAAUAAAAAAAAAUCUUAUGUUAUAAAAUGCAAAAUUGGUAACAUUAUAUAGAAAAUGUCCUAAAUUUCUAUUUUGUAAAAAGAAGAAUUUCACAGUAAACUUUCAAUCUCAUUUGAAAUUAAUUUUUGUGGAGUUUUUCUUUUGUAAUUUUAUAAAAAAAAAAGGGAAAAAAAUGCACUCGAAUGGCACCUCGUUCGCUAAAACGGAAGUUUUGUGUAACUGAUUGCACUUCGCUAUCCAUUUGAUAAUAGAAACAGUGAUGUCUUCAUAUGAAGAAUGGCAAAAAAUUAAGGAAAAUCUGUAACAUUUUUGUAGGAUUUAAGCUUAUUAAAUAGAUGAGUUGUUACUGU